AUGGCAUCUCCAACAAUCUUGAAUUACGAAGACAGAUCCAGACGUGCAGCUGGCGCGAUAGCAUGCGCCCGUACCGUUGCACAAGAUCAGGUGGUAGUCAUAAAGAGCGCGAAGAAGUGCCUGGCAAUCUUUGGCUCGCCCACAGAGACAGAGCCACGCGUGGGAGUUUUUGCAGCAGAUGCAGCUGCUGCGGGCACGGCAGCCACGCAGUUCAAGGUUGACCUGCAGAAAAACGGUGGCUUCUCACUGCAGAGCCUUGCUACAGGCCACUACCUGACAGCAGUCCAAGACGGCCAGCAGAUGCGACUGGCUCUCGCCAGCAACAACGCUGUGUCAACCGGGCGCGUGCCAAGCUCGGCCCUGGCGUUCUUUGUGGUGGCCAGGGAGGCUGCGCAGGCAGUCAGGGGCGGCGGUGACAUACCCGUAGUCACAGAGACAAGCGCAGAUGCUCUCCUGUGGCUAGGGCAGGCUCUGCAGCAGUUGGCCGCAGAUGGGCAGCCCGCUUACUCGCCCAUGAAUGUGUUGGACCUGCUCUUGUUGCCACUGCCGGUCUUGGACCUGGAAAGCAGCGAUGGCGCCUCCUCUGCAGACCCCCACACGCCCGUCCGGUUUGCACCCCCAGGACUCCCAAGGGGCAUGCCAGCCACUGAUGUCAGAGCUGUGUCCAAAGACAGCACCCUCCGCGCUGGUUUCUUCAGCCCCUACCUCUCACAGGUGUUCCAGGAUGACUUCAGAGUUACCGAGGAUGUCCAGGACGUUAUCACCAACAAUCCAAUGAACAGCACCUACCGCAUCCACCUGCGCACAAAUGUGUUGUCAAAACCAGUGAUUGACAGGGUCACAUUUGAUGUCAUCGGACUGGAGUACCGAGUCUCCCUGGCAGAUCCACUGGCGCUGCCCCGGCAGGCCAUAAUUAAUGAUCUGACCGUGACGCUGAGUGCAGACGCUGUGCAUGUCAAAUCUGCAGCAGCCGGCGGGGGCCACCAGCUCAACAUUGAGGUCAUUUUGAACAGCAUGGCAUGCCCCGCCUUGAAGAUUGCCUACACCCAGUGGAACCUUGCCAAGACAGGCCCCUCGGGCGUGCGAACUGAGUGGCGCAACCUGGAUGGGAAUGUGGCUGAUGCAAGCACCUUCCUCCUCGAGCCUGCCCAGCAGCUGACGCUUAUUUAUGAGCUGCAGACGCACUCUGAGAAGCUGGAAGAUCCCAAGGACGAGCUUGUCGAGGGCCUUCAAACCAGGUUGCCGGGACAUGACCAGGGCGAGGUUGCGCGACUGGCCGGCAGCGUGAAGGGCCUUUAUAACAUGAAGUCCGGUGCGCGACCUCUGCAAUACCUUGGCGCCACCGGCGACGGGACAUCUGUCAUCCCACAGGCACCCUUUGCGGCGAAUGUGGAGGACGCGAGGGCCAUGGUGCCGGGAAAGCUGCCGCCGCGCUCUGCUGGUGCUGACAAAGUGAGGGCAGGCCUGCUAAAGGCAGCUGAUGCCGUCAGGCAGAAGGAACUGUCUGCAAGUGAUGCCAUCGCCAACAAUUUUGCAACGGCCGAGGAGCUCAUCGUUUCUGGUGCACUGACGCUGGAUGAGGCGAAAGAGAGCAAGCUGCUGGAUCCGGUGGCUGCUAUACAUGCCGGCCUCAUCAGCGCAGCGGACGCUGUGAAGUCGGAGAAAGUAAAGCCGGGAUACAUCACAGCAAGAGAGGUUGUGGACUUUGGUUUUGUGUUGGCCAAGGAUCUCAUCCCCGACAGGAUCAGUCUCACGCAGGCGCUCACGGACGGCAUCAUCUCUCCAAUUGCUGCCAUCAGGAACAAGAAGUUAUCUGCAGCCGAGGCUGUCAGGGAAAGGGGGCUGCUGACAUGGGCAGACGCUUACAACGAGGCGCUCCUCUCACAGGACGAUCUCAAGAGGCUCAGCGCAGAGGAGGUGCUGCAGGUCCUCAAGCCAGCUGCAGCGGUGAAGCUCGGCUUCAUUCCAGCCAGCAGCAUCAAACAGAAGGCCAAUCUAAAUGACGACCAGGCCAAAGACCUGGUGCUCACAGGCGUUGUCCCUGCCGUGGACGGAGUGAGGGCCGAGCUCAUCAAGUUGGAUGAAGCCUACAGCGCCAAGCUCCUCACCGGCCAGGACUACAAGGUUCUGUUAGGCGAAGCAGCUGCAGCUGGCAGCCAGGGGGCCAACCUUCUGGACGCAUCUAACCUGGGCUUCAGUGUUGACUUCCCAAUUCCCAUCCCAGGGGAUGACGACUUCCCAAUUCCCAUCCCAGGGGAUGACGACUUCCCAAUUCCCAUCCCAGGGGAUGGCGAAUUCCCAAUUCCCAUCCCACCAGGGGGCGGCAUACCAAACCCAUUUCCAGGCGGAAUCAUCAUCACGGUCCCUGGUACCGACAUAGAAAUACGUAUUCCCUAUCCGAACGGCGGGGACGUAUCAGAGGGAUACAAGGACCUCUUCAAAAAGGUGGUCGAGGGAGGGAAGUCUGUGAAGGAGGCUCUCAGCGAAGACCCAACCAAGACUGUCGCUGAUGCUGUGAAAGCUGGCGUGGCGACAGUGAGCGAAGCCAUCAAGAGCGGCUUGACUGACGCCAGGGGCGUAGGGCUCACCUUGGAAGAGGCUUUUGGGCAAAAUCUGCUGACGCCCCUCGCUGCAGUGGGCUUGGAUGCGCUGGCUGUCACCAAAGACACAUUCACGAAGUGGAGCCUUUCUGCAGAGGCUCUGGUUGAUCGCGGGUUCAUCUUUGCGGAAGACCUCAUUGCGAAGGAAAUCACAACGGUGGCGCAGGCAUUUGAAAAGAAACUCAUCACGGGCGCUGCCAUUGUGGUGAAGGGCCUUGCCAGAGUUGAAGAUGCUGUAAAGGACGGGUAUCUCAACGCAAAGCAUGCAGUCGAGACCAGCUUGGCAACAGCCAAGGCCCUCAUCACGGCUGCAGUCCGGAACCCUGAAGACCUCAUCCCGGAGCUGAAGAAGGCGCUCGCUGCUGCCUUGAUUGCCACUGGAACUGCUGCAAUUGUGGAGGGAAUAGUGGAUGCAGUUGCUGCUGUCAAGGGCACCAUCAUCUCAGCGAAGGUUGCCAUACAGCAUGGCUUGACCACUGCCAAGGAGCUCAUCAAUGCUAAAGUCUUGGCAGAGACCGGCAAACUGCUUGACUCCCUGAACAAGGCCAUCGAGGACAACCUCAUCACCCCCGUAAAGGCUGUCAAGGAGGGCAUCAUUGGCUUGGGUGACGCCAUCCAGGAGCUAGUCAUUACCCCUGGAGUGGCGAUCGGCGGGCAGCUGGUGGCUGUGGGGGAUGCCAUCAAGGAGGGCUGGGUGACUGCAGCAGAGAAGCUCGGCGAUGCUGCGGGGGACAUCGGCAGGGGUGUGGCUGGCCUCAGCCAGAAGGUCUGGGACGAAGCCGGGAAGGCGCUGGAGCAUGUGAACGCCGUUGUGCUGGUGCCCGGCACAAACUUCCUGAGUGUCGUUGUGGACGGUAUCGUGGACGGCGUCAAUAAAGCUGUGGUGUUUGUCAUACAGCUUGAGACUGACGUUGCACAAUUCGCCGCCCUUGUGGUCAAAAAGGUGGAGGGCGCAAUCCAAGCCAUCAUUGAGUUCCUGAAGAAUCUCUUUGCCUUCAAGGACUACAUCAAGACCUCUGAUAAGCUGAAGAGCCUCAUCAGGAACUCUCUCGAAGGGCUGGCAAGCAAGCACGGCUACAUCGACUCGAUAGCUGCGCAAGUGAGGGCCAAGGAACGAGAGGUGGUCAGGAGUGUGGAUACUGUGACACAGACUCUGGAGGCUGCGCUGGGCAUCACUCCGAGCCCACCGGGCAGCCAGGAUCAUCCCCAGGCAACUAUUGCCUUCACGCCCCCCAAUGUUGCGGCUGACUGGCUACUCGACAAGCUGGGCAACGUGAUCCGCUUCCUGCCGGUGCAAGACUACGUCGACUCUCUAAACCAGGCCUCAGUUGACGCCAUGAACAAGGCCUUUGACGCCCUCAAGCCUGUCACAGACAUCCUGGACAACAUCGUGGCGGCGCUUGGACCCCCCAUAGUGAGCGCGCUGCUGACAGGCAACCUGGAGCGCAUGAUUGCCACAGUCAUAGAGCUGAUCCCCAACAAGCUGAAGACUGCCAUCCACAACAUGGUCGUGCCCCUGGAGAAGCUGACUGAGACUGUAUCCGAGGCAUUCAAGAUCUUCCAGAAGGCAGUGGGCGAGAAGCUGAGCGCGGACAACCCUCUCUUCAUCGUCCUGUGCCCCCUGUGGUAUGGCGUGGGAAAGAUUUUGUCAGUAUUUGACCUGGAGGACUAUUUGAAGAAGGUUGCUCUUCUGGACAUCAUGACACUGCCCCUGGCAAUUCCCCUCACCAUACUGCUGAAGAACAAGGGCGUCUUUGAUGAUUUCCUGGACUGCCCUUUGGACUUCCUGGCCACUGAUGGCGUGAUCAGCGCGCCAGGUGCCGCGCCGGCCAUCAAUGGGGGAGGACCACGGCAGCCGGCAGCCGCAGACGGGGCAGGUGCCUUUCUGGCGCCGCUCACGGCGGAGCAGCGCAAAGCCAUGUCUGUUGCGCGCACGCUGACAGACAGCUUCGGGGGCAUCAUUCGAACCCUGGCCUACAACGAACCCCAGCAGAAGCUCCUGAACGGCCGCGGCAUGACCCUGUGGACGCUCAUCGGGAUGACGUACAACGUGGUGUCUCUGUCAGCAACUUCCAUGAUGAUCGUUGACCCAAAAAACGCUGGCAGCAUCGUUCCGGCUGGCCUGGCGCUGUCCUUUGAGGUGGUGACACGCUGCAGCAAGUCGGACAAGGCACCCAAAGAGCGAGGCAUCUCUCUGCUGUCCCUGCUGUGCCUUACCCUCGGCACAGCCGCGACCACGGCCCUCAACACAAGCAACGACGCCGCUCUUGUGAGCGUGAAGGGCGUGGAUCAGAGCAACGUAAGGGAUUACAGCAUUGCAGCAUGGAGCUACCUGGCGCUGUCUUUCAUGCCAGGCACGGCCAGCCUUCUGUUGGACGAUGGCAGCGGGGAUGUCUCAAGGCUGCAAAUGCUGCUGGUCUGCUUGGCGGGCAUCUAUGCCGGCCAGGCAGUCGUGGAUGCUGCCAUAAUCGAUAAAGGCCCCUGGUGA